AAGUUUUCCCAGAAUCAUCAUACGAAGUUUGGUUUGGUCUUCUCUUCUUCAAACUGACAACUGCCAGUGCAUCAGCUCCGAAAAUCCACAACAAUUUGGCGUCACGAACAGGAUUUCAACACAACAAAGACGUGGUAAGUGCAUAAUUUUAUUUUAUUAUUGUGCCUUACCAUGUCUGCGUUUGACGAAAUCACAAAGAAACUGUGCAUCACUUUCACUUUAAAGGUGGUCACAAAGUGAACAAAAAAAAAAAAAGCAAAAAGCUGAUGGUUAAAGAAUCUAAACACAUGAAAAUGUGUUGAAACUGUGCAGUGAUAAGCAGGUGCAAAGCAUGUGGUUGUGAAGAGGUAAAAAAAGGCAGAGUUGAGUGAGUCUUAACUCCUGCAGUGCCACAAAAGUGGCUGGGAUUUCUGGGCUAGCUUCGGGCUACGUCCGGCACAGGGGGACCCACCUGAGGUUUAAACUAUAGAAAAGACGUUUUCGGGGUAGGAUUUGGCCUAUUUCGUUUAAGCCAAGAUCGGGGAUCAUCCACUCUGUGUCCUGUGAGAAAUGUUUUCAGACUUGGGAUUCUAAGUCCUAGAGUCGGGCGCCGGUAAAAUUUUUUUCAAACAAUAAACAGUGUACACAAGACGAAGAGUUGCUUCGUCGGUUUGGCUUCAGAUCACUGCUAUUGCACCAGGAAGAGAGGUGUAAAAAAAAGAACUUCGGUGAUGCUGGGAAAGUUUUGAUGUGUCUGUUUUGUGUUUGAUGUGUUUGUUUGUGUGAUGUUUUUAAUGUAAAUGUGUUAAAAUGGGCAACAACACGUCUAAAGCAGUGAGUAGAACACAAUCUACUACAAAAUUAAUUCAUUCACCAAAACACAAGAGAAAGAACAAAUCUGUUUCAGUAGGAAACAAACACACCAAUUCAGAAGUAAAAGGUCAAUCUGCCAUUGAUAAGCUUCCCGAAGCAAACCCCCACACACUCACAGAUGCACAAUAUAGAGCGAUGUUUUCUCCACAAUCUCCGGCGGGAGUUGUUGGUAGAUUGAAAGGAUGGACUUUUGUGUUUCCAUUUUCUUCCCUUAUGAAUCAGUGGACAGAUGGCGAAUGGCCAUACGAAGGAGCGUUUGAUAGAGAUAAGCUUCAGAUUGCUGAGUACAAUGUUAACCCAGAUUUUGGAAAUCCAUCUUGGGAUAGUGCGUAUAUGAAAGAUUGUGUAAAUGUGUGGUUAACUGUUGCUCGUCAGAGGUGUGGAGUGAGUCUGGAUGAAAAAAGAGUUGAUCGUUUUUCUGAUGAGUUCAGAGCAGCAGUGGAGAACUGUGUUAAAUGUGUGACAGCAUGUCACUUGCCUAUGUUGGAAGCAGAGUUGCAAACCAGAGCUACAGAAAUGAUGAAAAUUAAACAGAGGCAUGGUGAGAAUGUGAAGGCCAUUUCCAAAGCUAUCAUAUACGGUUGGGCAAAACGGCAAACUGAUGCUCCCUCUCCACAAACUUUGUUGACCAUUGUAUCCAAAGCUGGAGUGCCUUUGCAAGAGUCACACACAAACAAAACAAUGAUUUCAAUUUUUCCACAACUUUCACCUUCAAACCCCUUUUCAGCUGCUAACAUGACUGAUCAAACCAUUUCACAACAAGCAAAGACUGACGAUGAAUUUCUCUUACUAGCCGCAGCUGUUGAGGGACAAAGACUACAGACUGAAGUAGAAAAUAGAGAAGAGCAGAUAGCAGCUAGAGAAAGGGAAAGAGACAGUCAGGCUGCUAGAGAAAGGGAAAGAGUUAAACAGGAAAAGAAAGAUAGAGCCGACGAAGAAAAAGCUAGGAAAGCUGCAGAAAAAGAAAAGAAAGCUAAUUUGUCAUUCAAACAGGUAAAAAGCCAGAAAAGAAAGGAAAAGAAAAGACAUUUAGCUGCCGUUGCUGAAGAAACAGAGAUAGACACUCAGGACAGCUCAGGAGAAAGUGAGGUAGAACUUGAGUUACAAGGAGCCAGAGGUAAGGGGGAGGAGUCUGACACAGAUCAUAGUGACGACACAGAACCUGCAGUCAGGCCAAAGAUGACACAGAGACGACCCCACACUGCAAGUAGCAAAACUCAGGGACGAGAUUUACUUUGCAAGCUACAUGCCACCAUUCAAUGCACACCUGAUGGAUUGUUUUUAAGCCUACCUGAUGUGAAGGCUGCUCAUGCAUUUCAGUUUUUGAAAACUAUUGCUGAUUGUUUGUAUUGUUGGUCAUUGACUGAUUUUAACAUGGCUUCCAGUUUCACAGUAUCUAGCAUUCAAAAAAAUUGCUCAAAUUUCACCAGCAUGUGCAACACAGAUGUCUGCCAUGAGGCCUGUACUACAGUGUCACUGUACAGCAGCAUUUAACCCCCCAGAGGUGUACAAACAAUUAGCUGAUGUGUUUUUGAAUACACAAGAGGGGUUGGAGUGUGAACAAUGUUUGUUUGUUGGUCCACAGGGAUGUGCAAUUCCAAUUCGGUUAUCUGACGCACAGCGCAAAUUGGUUAAUGAUAAAGAUUCAUUUCCAUACAUCACUGUAGCUGUCUCUCCUGGCUGUGACCCACAACAGCUUGAAAGCAUGGUGGCACAGUGCCAGGCAUUGAGAGGAGCUGCGCAGACUCCUCAAACUCAAACAAUAACACACUUGGGCCUUGAGCUGUACAUGUUAUCUUUAACUGAGCACAUCCAGCUACCUCAGAGUAGGUUUGUUUUGCAACAACCACCCCUCCCCACACAGUAUGGGCCUCCAUCAGAGCUUUCAGAGGUUCCAUCUAUUUUAUGGGCUAAACAUAAAAACCAUGUGGGUUUUGUGAAUUCGGCUCCACCUCACGAAGUCACACUCAAACCUGGUGCUAAACUACCAAUGGUCAGGCAAUACAAUUUGCCACACAAGUCAAUUGCUGGUAUUGAAGGUGUAAUUCAGUCUUUACUGGAUCAAGGUGUGUUGGUUCAAACAACAAGCCCAUGUAACACACCCAUUUUACCCAUUCCAAAAGCAAACCGCCCAGAUGAAUGGCGUUUUGUACAAGAUUUGCAAGCUAUUAAUAGCAUUGUAGUGCCAACAGCUCCAAUUGUGCCAGACACAAAUUCGAUUUUAGCUUCACUACCAUCCAACUCAACACACUACACAGUCAUUGAUUUGAGUUCAGCUUUUUUCUCAAUCCCGUUGCAUCCAGAUAGCCAGUAUCUGUUUGCAUUCACAUUCAAAGGAAAACAGUACACCUGGCAGCGUUUGCCUCAGGGUUUUGUCGAGAGUCCUACAGUUUACGCAGCAGCAGUGAAACGGGACUUGGAUGACCUCCACUUUCCAGGGGGCUCCACUCUCCUACAGUAUGCAGAUGACCUCCUGAUAGCUUCACCAUCACAGGAAGCUUGUCGAACGGACUCCAUCUUGCUCCUACAGAGACUAGCUGAGUGUGGUCAUAGAGCAUCACUUGCCAAACUGCAAUUUUGUCGGUCUGAGGUGACAUACUUGGGUCAUGUUUUGAAAAAUGGACAGCGCCUGUUGUCACCGGAGAGGUUGAAACUGCUGGUUAACAUGCCUCCUCCCACAACCAAGAAACAAAUGCUCUCGUUCUUGGGGAUGGCGAAUUAUUGCAGACAUUGGAUCUUUGAGUAUGCUGCUAUGGACUCUGUUUUGCGAAACGCCACACUGCAAUCAGCUCCUCCCAAGGUGCAGUGGACUGAGGACAUGAACAAAGCUUUUCAGGACCUGAAACAUGCUCUCACCUUGGCUCCGGCAUUGGGGCUGCCGGACUAUCAUCAGCCGUUCCAUCUGCAUGUACAUGAACGAGAUGGCUUUGCUACAGGCAUUCUCGUGCAAAAACAUGGGUCUCAUUACCGUCCAGUUGCGUACUACUCCUCUCGACUAACCCCUGUGGUUCUUGGCAUGCCAGGUUGCUUAAGAGCGGUGGCCGCCGUUGCCAUCAUGAUUGAGAAAUCUUCUCCAAUUGUACUGGCUCAUGACUGUGUUGUGCACGUUCCACAUGCAGUACUUCACAUCUUGAACACAUCUGCUACCCAACACAUGACAGCUGCACGUCGUUCAGGCUAUGAAGCAAUCAUUCUUCAUAGUCCACACAUCACUUUAAAACGCUCACCUCCAUUGAAUCCAGCUACUCUCCUUCCAUUGAUUGACACAGAUGAUGAGCAUGAUUGCAUCACAACUAUUGACCUGUGUACAUCCCCAAGGCCAGACUUGUUGCAGACACCAAUACCCAAUUCUGAUUUGAUUUUUUACACUGAUGGUUCAGCUAGCAGACCAUCUGAUAGCACACAUCUAGCUGGCUAUGCAGUAGUUAACGAUUGGGGGGUAGUAGAGGCAAAAGCACUGCCUCCAGGUACCUCUGCUCAAGCAGCAGAACUGUAUGCUCUAACUAGAGCGUGUAUUCUUGCUUCUGGUAAGGUGGCUACUAUUUACACUGACUCAAGAUAUGCAUUUGGCGCUGCUCAUGAUUUUGGCCAGUUAUGGAAGAUGAGAGGUUUUGUGUCAUCUUCUGGAAAACCACUACAGCAUCACACUUUGGUUAAUGACCUGUUAGAUGCUAUUUUGCGCCCAUCUCAGCUUGCAAUCAUCAAAUGUGCUGCUCACACGAAUGGAACUGAUCCUGUUUCACGAGGAAAUGCAAUGGCUGACACUGCAGCCAAACAAGCGGCACUUUCCUCUCCCUCUUUGGUACUUCAAUGUGCCUCCACAAAACCUACCAAUCCAAUUCCAGUUCCUUCCGCUAAUGAUGUCGUGACAAUGCAAAAUCACGCUGAUGACAGGGAGCGAAGUCUUUGGUUGCGUAAAGGUUGUAAAGUUGACGCGGAGUCUGGCUUGUGGCUCCACCCUGAUGGUCGACCGGUUUGCCCUCGAGCUCUCCUUCAUGUACUGGCACGUGUGACGCAUGGUCCAGCGCAUGUUGGAAGAGGGGUGAUGAAUGAUGUUAUUCGCUCACAGUGGUUUGCUCCAGGCAUUACUCAAGUUUCACAAACACUUGUGGAUAGUUGUAUGAUAUGUCAACAGACCAGAAAAAAGAAUAGCACAGUGAAACAUGACCACUUAGAACCCCCAUCAGGUCCUUUUGUAAAUAUGCAAAUAGAUUUUGUACAUAUGCCAAGCUCACAAGGCUUCAAAUACUUGCUAGUCAUAACCGACAGGUUCUCGAAGUGGGUAGAAGCUUUUGCAACGAAAAAAGAAGAUGCAAGAACAGUUGUAAAGUGUCUGCUAAAAGAGGUAAUCCCUAGGUACGGAGUGCCGCAGGGAAUAGAUAGCGACAGAGGUCCAGCUUUUGUGUCAAAAAUCACUCAGGGACUGUCAGAAAUCUUAGGAUUUAAGUGGCAGUUACAUGUUCCUUAUCAUCCACAGAGUUCAGGUCAAGUUGAGAGAAUGAAUGCAACUAUCAAAGACAGAUUGACCAAAACAGUCCUAGCCACAGGCCUGAAAUGGCCUGAUGCACUGCCGAUUGUGCUGUACUCCAUUCGGAGUGCACCAAGUGCAACUACAGGACUGAGUCCUCACGAGGUGCUGAUGGGAAGACCAAUGUCCACAGGGACAAGUCCCCCACUGACACCACACAAAGCUACUCUGCUUUGGACGGAUGAGUUCAUGACUGAGUAUGUGAAAAGACUAACAGAGAUUUUGAGAAAGUAUCAUUUACAGGUGGCUGACAGACUCCCCAAACCAUCGGAAGAACCAAUUCAUUCCUUUCGAGAAGGUGACCUGGUAUUAAUCAAAUCUCUGGAAAAAGUGUCUUUGUCUCCUAGGUGGAAAGGUCCAUACCAGGUGCUGCUGACUACUAGGACGGCCCUGAAGGUCGAAGGCAGAGCAGAAUGGAUCCACGCCACAAGGUGCAGACUGGCCCCCCCAACCACUGGCGGAGGAGAGCAGAGCCCUGGCAGGUAACCGGAUGGUUACUCCUUUUUUCUCUCCUGUUUAGUAGGUUCGGGCAGGGGACAGGUCAAGUCGGUCCAAAUGAGAGAGAGACAGGAGUCUCUCUAAUUCCAGGCGAAGGAGAGCGGAAAGGCUUUCCUUCUCAUGACACAGUCGGUGCCAUGAACCCAGUGCCCCAUGGACAGGGGCGCCCUUUGCAGAAUGAUCCAGAAAAUGCAGACCAAGAGCCAGAUCUUGGACAUACGGACAAAUCAAUGAGCCCAUUGGGACUCUACAACACUAUGGCGGUGGUCUACAUAUGAUAAAACACUGUUUGAGACGAAGCAGAGUUCAUCCACGUCGACGAAGAGGAUCACUCCAGGAGGAUGGAUUCCACAUCACCAUGCAUCGUAUGUGCUAGUAACCUCUCCAUGGUGAUGGCCCUCUACUGUACGCAAAGUGCAUGGGUUGAAGACUUCACUUUGUGAUUGAUUUGUUUUAUUGUUAUGAUGUAAUCAAAUGUUUGUAUGACUCCCCUUUAAGUUGCUAGGAUUUCAUCCAGUAAGAGGCAGGAAGUGUCUUGUCUUAGGUUGUUUGCGCAUGUGACUGGUGACCUCUGUCAAUGACCUCCUUUAACGCUUUGGUGUUCUAGGAGAUCUUCUUUGAGGAUUUGCCUCACUACUGCCCCUGGUGGUUGGAAGACAGAACUCAUGGGUCACAUGACAGUUGUUUUAAAGGGGUACAUAAGAGGGGUUUUUUAUCUAAUUUACUGAUUGUUUGCUUUUAUUGUUAUUGCAUUAUGUGUUUAAAUGAUUAUGUGUUUUGAUGAUUUUACUUUUGAUUUUGUUCAAUGCAAUUGUUGAUUCUUGUAUUACUUUUGUGUGAGAAUUGUUAUCUGUUGUGCGGAUGUUGUUUCUACUCUGUUUGUGCCCUUACAGUCCACCAGUCCAGUCAUAAAUUGGUAAUUUGUAUUGAUCUUUUGAUCAAUAAGAGGGGAUUGUUAUGGAUAUUCCAUAACUGACCAGGACAACAGAAUGUCAAGCUGUACUCCUCUGUUCUCUCAAACAGAAGAUAACACAUGUUGUUUAAUAAAC